AUGAAUAAAUUACAAGAGGAAAUUAGAAACAUAGGAGGUAAAAAAGAUUUCUUAGACGAAAAUGAUAUUCAAAAUUUUCCUUUUUUAAGGGCAGUGAUAAAAGAGACACUAAGGUUGUAUCUACCCGCUCCACUUCUCGUGCCAAGAGAAUCAAAUGAAAAUUGCAUAAUUAGUGGGUAUAACAUUUCAGCGAAGACAAUAUUGUAUGUGAAUGCUUGGGUCAUUCAGAGAGACUCUAAUGUUUGGAAAAAUUCAGAGGAGUUUUAUCCUGAAAGAUUUUUAGAAAGUUCGAUAAAUUUUCUUGGACAAGAUUUUGAACUAAUUCCCUUUGGAGCUGGGCAUAGAAUUUGCCCUGGUUUGUCUUUGGCAGUUGCAUCAAUAGAACUUAUCCUUGCAAAUCUUCUUUAUUCAUUUGAUUGGAAAUUGCCACAUGGGUUGGUAAAAGAAGAUAUUGAUACUGAAAUGUUGCCAGGAAUCACUCAGCACAAGAAGAAUCCCCUUUUCUUAGUUGCCAAGAGCUCAAUGUAG